GUUCAUCGAUACUCGCCCCGAGCUGCUCGCCGCACCCGCCAGAGCUCCCUCAGCACCUCUAUCCAUCACGCCAUGGCCGCCUCCGCCGCCCCGCCGCCCGUCAACCUCGGCCACCUGCAAUGGCGCUCGCCCGAAUACCUCCUUACGACCGGCGGCGCCCUCCAGACGGCCGAGCAGGCGCUCGACUACUUCAGCUACAGCCCCUUCUUCGACAAGCGCAGCAACAACGCGACCCUGCGCAUGCAGAUGAUGUUUGCCAACGGCGGCAUGCACGGCGUCGACGAGGAGCGGGAGCUCAGGCGCCUCACUGGCCUCGAGUUCGCGGUCUCGCCCCUCUCGCGCCCGCAAGACGACCUCUUCAUCAUCGUCAAGCGCCAGCGCUCGUCACCGGACGACGCGACCGUCCUCGGCGCCUUCUACAUCCUCAACGGCAACGUGUACCAGGCCCCGAGCUUGUUCGAGGUCGUCAACGAGCGCGUGCUCACGUCGAUUCACGCCCUGUCGACCUCUUUCUCGGCCCUCACGGCCCUCAAGCCCGCCUGGACGCCACAGCGCGGCGGCGCGUGGGAGAUCAAGCCCCCUCCCGCCGCCGUCGCCUCGCUCGCCGACGCGUCCGCCGCCGCCACCACCACCGACGAGCCCGUGCCACCUGUUGAAGGCGCCGAGGCGCAAUCGCUCGUCGAGGGCGAGCUCGAUGCCGCCGCCGAGGACAAGGUCAACGGCGUCGUCGCGCCCAAGGCGGCCACGGCCGACGUCGAGCGGCCCGGCGACGCGUUCAACCCGCUCUUGUUUCGGGCGCUGCAGGCGACGGCGGCAAGGACGACGAUGGAGGCGAUGCAGGACGGGCAGGGAGCGCAGGGAGCGUGA